AUUCGGACCCUAAAUCCUGAAUCUCUCCUCGACACUCUCAGCACGCCUUCUUCUCUUUCUCUGUCCUUCAUGAUACCCAGUGCGCAACCGUAACGAAACCAUGACCAACCACCAGAACCCCUCCGACGGCCCACAGGCGCGUCGCGAGGACGCCCCGCCCCCACAACAGCCUCCUCCUUAUUCAGAGGGGGCAGCAGUAGAGCUUCCCGGAGACAUUCCAGAAAGCUCGCCGCAGCUGGAUGGAGAGCAGAGGAGCAAUGACUCGCAGGAGGCGCCGAGGACGAAGCCUGAGGGGUCUGCCUACGCGAGCGCCUACCGCCCGCAAGACGCUCAAGAUAAUCCUUCGCCAGUAACGAGCACCCAUGAGCACUAUGGCUUCAAUUCCGGUCAAAUUGACGAUUCGGCCCCCACAGAGCAUCCCCCUCCUGCGUAUACAGAGCUUCCCGGCCAGAUAUCCGACGAGAGUAAUCACUUGGGUACAAAUGCCGUGGUUGCGGACGACGGCCGUGUCAACAUCCGCAUCAACCAGAAGAAUCGAACGCUCUCACAACUCUUCGUCCCCCAGCUGCAGCGGCAGCUCACCCAGGUCCAACGAGAGCCCGCCCCACCGCCUCCAUACGUUCCAGAGUUUCUCGGCGGUGCUCCCGGCCAAGAACCGCCUCCAUCGCUAAAUGUCGUCAUACACGUCGUGGGAUCCAGAGGUGAUGUCCAGCCGUUUGUCGCGCUGGGCAAGGUGCUGAAGGAGACGUACCGUCACCGAAUCCGAUUGGCAACGCACCCUGUAUUCAAGGACUUCGUCACAGAGAAUGGAUUGGAGUUCUUCAGCAUUGGCGGUGACCCGGCCGAGCUCAUGGCAUACAUGGUCAAGAAUCCCGGACUGAUGCCUGGUUUCGACACUCUACGCAGCGGCGACGUAGGCAAGAGGCGUAAAGGAAUUGCAGAGAUUCUACGCGGCACCUGGAGAGCGUGCAUUGAGACCGGUGAUGGCCUGGGCAUUGACCCCUUGAAGCAAUCCGUAGAGGAGUGGAUGGGGGUCGAGGAACAACUCCCGGAGCAGCUGAAGAAGCCCUUCGUUGCAGACGUCAUUAUCGCAAAUCCUCCGAGCUUCGGCCAUAUACACUGUGCUGAGAAACUUGGUAUCCCUCUCCACAUGAUGUUCACGAUGCCGUGGUCACCGACGCAGCAAUUUCCCCACCCAUUGACCAACAUUCAAUCUUCAAACGCAGAUCCGAGCAUCACCAACUACAUGUCAUACACCCUUGUGGAUAUGUUGACAUGGCAGGGGCUGGGUGAUGUUAUCAACAAAUUCCGUAAAGACAGCCUUGGCUUGGAUCCAGUCAGCAUGCUCUGGGGGCCCGGUAUGCUAGCGAGGCUGAAAAUUCCGUGGACGUACUGCUGGUCACCAUCCUUAAUCCCUAAGCCUAAGGAUUGGGCCAACAGCAUCUCCAUCUCCGGUUUCUUCUUCCUCUCGCUUGCGCAAAACUAUACUCCAGCCCCGGAUCUUGCCGAGUUUCUGGCAGCUGGGGAACCGCCGGUCUAUAUUGGCUUUGGCUCUAUCGUCGUGGAUGAUCCUAAUGCGAUGACGAAAAUGAUCUUCGAGGCAGUGAAGAUGACUGGGCGGCGAGCGCUGGUCUCAAAAGGCUGGGGCGGUCUUGGAGCGGAUGAGCUUGGGAUGCCUGAAGGCGUUUUCAUGCUUGGCAAUUGUCCUCACGAUUGGCUUUUCAAGCACGUUGCCGCUGUCGUGCAUCACGGUGGUGCAGGGACGACUGCGGCUGGUAUUGCCGCGGGCAGACCCACUGUCGUCGUACCAUUCUUCGGCGACCAACCAUUCUGGGGAGCAAUGACCGCACGUGCGGGAGCUGGUCCCGACCCAAUCCCAUACAAGGACUUGACGGCAGAAAAACUGGCUGAUGCCAUCAAAGAAGCCCUGAAGCCAGAAUCCCUUGAGAGGGCGAAGGAGCUAGCCGACAAGAUCAGCCACGAGCAAGGCAGUCAGAAUGGCGCUCAGUCUUUUCAUCAGAUGCUCAAGUACGACGAUCUCCGAUGCGUCGCCGCACCUAACCAUCCUGCUGUUUGGAGAGUGAAGAGGACGCAGGUCAGACUGAGUGCCAUGGCUGCCACAGUCCUUGCCCAAGAAGGCGAGCUCAACUUUUCCGAGCUCAAAAUAUUCCGCCCACGCGAAUAUGAAACAGAUGAAGGCCCCUGGGAUCCCCUCUCCGGCGCAGCAUCGGCUCUAGUUGGCACAGCAACACAAAUGAUGAUGGGGGUUGCCGAUUUCCCCAUUGAGACCCUCAAACUGCUCAACAUCCACCCGGAUACCAGGAAAGGGAAGGACAAGGCCAAGCAAUCCGAGAGUGGCUCCGUCUCGGAUACCUCCCGCACAGGCCGUACAACGGAUUCCAGGACAACAACACAUACACAAGCAUCUGCCGCUAGCAGCGCAACGACCCUCCCCGGCGUCCAGACACCCAACAGUCCUGAAGAUCGCAAUCGAAGUACCUCAGAUCUUCCGUCUGUGGCUACUCCUAGCAGUCCAGAGACUCCAACACGGAGAUCAACCUUCAUGGCCCAAGCCAUGGCAGCUUCCAGCGAGGUUUCGCGAUCUCCAUCGAGAGACCGCCGCAACCGCCCCCACUGCCCUUCUGAGCAUCUCAGUGCCGGCAGGCCUCAACAUGGACGUGCAAAUUCUAUCUCAGCUGCCGAGCUCCGCUCGAACACGGGCUCAACAUCAACAUUCUCGGAAAAGCUAACUGAUAUGAACCCUGAAUCUAUCGUCGGUACCAGCAAAGGCAUUGGCAGAAUCAUUGGAGCCGGAUUUAAAUCGCCCAUGGACUUUUCGCUAAAUGUCGCCAAAGGCUUCCAUAACGUCCCAAAGCUCUACGGAGCGGAGACGAGACAGGUCGACAAAGUCACUGACCUCCAGAGUGGAUUGAAAACGGCUGCUAAGGAAUUUGGUUUUGGCCUCUACGACGGCAUAGCCGGUAUCGUCACGGACCCCUAUAAGGGCGCCAAGAAAGAGGGUGGGGUGGGUUUCGUCAAAGGUGUCGGUCGAGGCAUAUUCAGCGUGCCGUUCCGCGUCAUGGGAGGAGCAUUCUCAGUCCCUGCGUACGCGAUGAAGGGCCUGUAUCAGGAAAUGCUUAAAGAUAAGGGCGCCACUGUGCAAAACUACAUCAUUGCCGCACGCAUCUCGCAGGGUUACGACGAAGCCUCAACCGUUUCGGCGCAGGAACGAGCGGACAUCAUCAGCAGGUGGAAGUGCAUCCGCCUCAACGUCAAGAAGAAGAAGAACCCAGGAGAGGAGAAGAUCGAAGCAUUGCACACCCUUAUGCAGGAGAGGAGGAAGAAGAAAAGCGAACGCUGGGCCAAGGUCAACUCGCACUUCAAGCGACCUUCGGCGACUCCUUCGUUUCCCGCCUCUUUGGACAAUAUCAGCUCCUCAAGUCUUCCCGAGGUCGUAGACCAUGCCGACGCACGGGAUAUGACCGGUGCGGACACAGCUGCCGGAGCGGCUCCAGAGCGGCCAACUCCUUUCCAGCCUGCGAGCACGUUCCCCCAAGCUUUAUCUUCACAUCCUCCAGCCCCUGAAGAAGCACAAGCACAAGCCGCUGCUGAAGAAGAAGCUGAGCGCCGCGAACUCGAAGCCGCAAUCGCAGCUUCGGUAGCAGAAACCUCGCGCGGCAACCCGGAGGAAGAUGAGCUUGUAACGCGGGCGAUCCGCGCUUCCAUGGCUGAACUGGAGAGGGAGCCUCAGGGAGUGGAGGAUGAGGAACAGGCGCUGCACCGAGCAAUGACUGCUAGCCUCGAAGAAGCGCAGCGUAGUGGCGUGUCCGAAGAAGAACAAAAGGUUCUCGAAGAGACGCUCCGCCAGUCCCUCCUAGAGACUUCUCACCGCAUUCAACGAAAACGCAACUCCGAUUCCGAGUGGGAUGAAAGCGAUACGGAAGACGAUGAAGACUAUCAGCGCAUCAUUGCCGAGUCAAAAGAGAUGGCACACAUGGAGCAAGGCUUCCCAGUCGACUACUACCAGGCCACAGGCGGUGCGCGCCCGCGAGAAGACGGCGAUAUCGACGCGAACGCCGAAGAAGAAGCCAUGAAGAAAGCAAUCGAGGAAAGCGAGAAAGCAAUGGCGAACGGUUCAGUUGACCCGCUUGCAGAAGAAGAGGCCCUUAGAAAGGCUAUCGAGGAGAGCGAGAAGGCGGAGCAGGAGAGGAUGCAAGAGUUGGAGAGGCAGAAGACGGAGGAGGAUAUCGUACUGGAGUACGUCAAGAAGCAGUCUCUUGCAGAAGCGGAGCAUCAACGCAGAAUGCGGGAAGGACGGGAUACUGUCGGUGAGAGCUCGAGCUCGGGAGGAGCUGGGAGGACAUGAUAUUGCUAAGCCUAGAUCGAGAAGAGUGGACGGGUCAGCUCAGUUUGGUUGCAUGGAGUCACGCAAUGAUACCCAGGGACGAGCACAUAUAGAUCUUUUGUUCCUAUCAUAUCCCAUACCAC